AUGGCCGCGGAAGAUGAAGCGCCUGGCGAAGCGGCACUUUUCGAAAAGACGUGGCGCCUGCUUACAUACGCAAACAGCAUCUUUUUUCGUCUGAAGUCAAAAUACAAACUGUCGCAAAUUAAAGAUAGCAUACACAAAAUUAAACAUAAGAACUGGAAAAUCGGUCACAGCUGUGUAACUGAAAUGGACGCCGCAGAAAACUUGGAGCAGGUUUUUUCUGUGCAUAUGGCCGCUCCUGCGUUAGCCGUGUUGCAGCAGCUCCGGAAGGACCUCAGCAAGCAGCAGGCUCAGAAGCUGCUGGACAACCACCGUAACUUUCUUCAGUUGGGCACGUGCAGUUUUGGUCGGCGGGGUCAAACAUCUUACGCAUUGCGCACGGAAGCCGAGGUGCAGCGUCUCUGCAACAUCGCGAACAUAUCCGAUGAAAAUGUGGCGCACUUCUGGUCAAGGGGUGUCGGUCUGCGUUUACGAGGUCCGCAGGGUGCCGCGGAAGUCCGUGUGGCGCAUACACAUGAUGGCUGCGUGUGUGGUGACGUGGCCGAUACCAGUACAGCCGACACGUCAUCCAUGCGUAUCGAUGAACAACCAACCGACGUUCGCGUUGGGAAUGCAGAGCCAUCCAGCAGCACCAGCCAACUCCGGGUGCCCCUAUAUGCUCGCAGCGACAUUAGCAACUGUGCUGUCGUGCCGCUCGAUGCCCACGCAACGUGUUUGGACUGCGUGCGACAUGGCCUCAUUGCCGCGGGCGCCACUGAUGUGCCUGCGCCUGAAAUUCUGCUGGCGACCGUGGUGGCUGCCAUUGCCGAGUCUUGGGAGUCGAUGCACUAUCAAGUGCUACACGCCCAUGCCAGCAGCCUCCCCAGCACUUGCACGGCGACGCAAUAUGGUGAAGCCCUACAGCAGCACCGGCUGCUGCCAGGCGACGUGGAGCUGGCGGUUCUUGCCCAUGCCUUCAACAUUGCGAUCACAGUGUUUGACCCGGCUGGGCUGCAGAUCUGCUACUGGGGCUCCAGCUCAGCGCCAACAGAAGUGUGCCUCAUCCGGCAGGCGGGCCUCGCUGGUGCCCCCAUGCCUUACCGCCUGCUGGAAAUGGUGCCGGGUGUGUGGACAGGGCAACGCCGCCAGCAUCUUGUCGCGGCUUGUCGCACGGUUGGCCUCUGCAUGUCAGAAACACCGUCAGCCGAGCGGGCUGGUCAAGUGUGUGCUGUCCUGCAGGCGAUGGACAGCCGCUUUGAGGUCACUGUGCAGCAGGUGUUGGCAGAAUGGGCUGAUCAGCAUGAACCUGCGGUUCAGCAGCAGCCCCCGCAGCGGCAGCGGCAGGAGCAGCAGCAAAGGCGUCAGCAGCAGCACCAGCCACAGCAGCGCAGCCGGGUCGCUGCACAGCCAACACGCCAGCAGCAUCAUCGACCAUCUGACGGACCAUUGCCCAGUCCUGCUGUAACAGAUGCUGAGAAAAACAUUCCUGGGUACUUCGGAGCAUCCUGGCGCAGUGGCCCCGGCCACAGACUUGGCAUCUCUGACCGGCUCGCGGCUUGGAGCGCUGUCACAAGCAUGCUGCUGGCCGGUGCACUUGUGGUGUGCGCCAUGUGUGGUGUCACCAGCACCGACUUGCACGAUGACCUCAAGCGCUGGGCCACUGUCGAGCCUGUCGGUGCUGCCAUUGCGCCAUACUCAUUCCACAACAGCUUACACGCCGGCAGCACAACAACAUCCGAAGGCCUGUGGCACCUGUGUCCGCACUGUGCUCCAUUGUAUCCAGCGAACAGUGGCAAUGAGCGAGCAGAGUAUCUGGUCUUCCAUCCACCAGACUAUACCAAGGCCAUCGUGUCCUUGGACGCCAUUGACCAACUGCGGAUAGGCCUAGUGGAUGUUGGACUUGGCUUCUUUUCAGCAGCGUUUGGAUUUGUUGCCGGCAAGCUUCGGCAGCAGCAUUGCAUGGAAGCGCUGGUCCUGGAUUGGGCACGCGACUCCACACGCCGCGUCAACACGCUGCCCCCGGCACUGCAGGAGGUGCUGGGAUGGAGCGUGCAGCACAACCCGCUUGUCAGGGAGUUCCUCACCGUUGCUGAACAGCUGCCGACGCCCAUGCUCACCAUGCGAAGACGUACCGACUCCUCCGGCGCCCUUCCGAUUCACCCAGCCCCCUUGAAGCGUCCGUCCCUUCCGCCCACCGACUUGGGCGCUUACGGCGCGCCUUCGCCGAGCGGGCCGUCGGGCUCUUCGGCCGGCGCGUCAGCCAAGCCGCCCGUCCACAUCGCCGACCUGUGGGCGCAACUAGCAGCGGCGUCGCCAACAGGCGGAGGCCGCGCUCGCUCCACGCCAUCCGGGGUGCCGAGACGGCCGCUGUCUUUCAAGUAUGCGCCUCAUCUUCCGUUGCUAGUUGCCGCCUUGCCGCGCCGCACCCUGCCACACAGCACGCUUGCCACUCCUGCUGCGCGCCCACGCGCCACUCCGCCUGUCCCGCAGCAGCUGCUCUUGGCAAGCAUGGGUUGUCACGGCGAGGACGUCCUGCGCGCUAACCACACCAUUGCAGAGUUCAACGUGCUCCUGGCCGAAGCCCGAAAGUACAGGGACGAGUUCCUGGAGCAGCACCACGUCAAGCCCGCCAGCACGUACUUGUACAACAUCACGGCAGCAAUACACGAAGGCGACAUGCCGGACCGUGCGACCGCGACGCAUGCGGCGGUCAUGCAAUUGUGGAUCGCGGCUGCCGGCAGCCUGCGAGCAGAUACCGCCAUAGAGCUCAUUUAUGACUAUGGCAUGGACGCGGGCACCGUCCUCAAGACGGACCAGGAGUUCGCGCGCUCGGUGCUGACGGCCGCGCAGCAGGCGCGAGCGUCGGGCGCCCUCCUGACCACAACCACGCCAGCCAAGCGAGCCGCAAGCAGCCCCGCCGAGCCAGAUUCAAGUGCCUCCCCCCGCACAGUGUAUGUCGGCCAGUCACAGGACCCUCAACGCCGCUUCCAAGCUCAUGCCCGCAACCCACCCAGCCGGAUGAAGGAGGACGCCAGCCGCUACCAACCCUUCCAUGACCACUUCUCGCUCACGCGCCUCAUGUCCACCGCCAAUCCUGCACUGGCCCAACGGAUGGAGGCCUUCUACAUCGCGCAGUUCAAGGCUCGGGGGCCAGGCGGCUACAAUGUGCUGUGCGGGCCGCCUUCCGCCAGCCCGGCCUUCUACGCGAUGAGGCGGCAACGCGCAGGCAGCGCACACACGCCCACCGCCGUCACGGUCCAAGACAAUGACGAUGACGCCCCAGACACGCUCGCCUAGCCCUCACAGCACCUACACGCCUCACGCUUGACGGAGUGGGUCCCGCGUAUUCAGCGCGAGGCUUCCCCACCUGACCAGUGCUGUUUCAUUAGGGCACGAUCGCCCUUGGGCCGUCAUUCACGGUGCAUACUUGU